AGUAAUGGUGAUAGUGAUGGUAGUAGUAGCAGUAAUAUCAGCAGUGCUAAUAUCAGGAACAAUAAUAGUAGCAAAUACUGUUGUUGUUGUUAUUGUUUUGUUGUUAUAAAGAGACGUGUGCUAUAAUAGUGCCAUAACAAUUAAUGCCAGUGUACUACUGUCUGCGAUACGGUGAGGCAGGCGGUGCAGCCCCGGCAGAUGACGGCGGAGCCUUAUGAAUGCGUAGAGGGCGACGCCCGACUUACGAGUUACAUUGGCUAAGGUUCCACAGCCCUCCGCAUUCUUCCGCACGCACGCCGAGGAGGUGGCCGCCUUUUCCAGGAGCUCUCACGGAACGCAGGAGCCUUGCAAAGAGCCUCCUAUUGACGGCUGGUCCUCGUGUCUGUUCAAGAUGCUUCGGAAAUCAACGUUCAGACGGCAGCGAAGCAACGGACGUGUAUUGAACGUUUGAUGGCACAACAGGGCGUAGAUUCGAUGACUUCUGAGCGCGGCUGUCCAAUAACGGCGUCAUAAUGCCCUCUCCGAAGCAGGCGGUGGUCUUCACAGCGUCCUUCGUCCUCCUCUCUUUCCUUCUUCUUCGUCCCAAGACACAAGGAAUACACAUUCUCUCUCUCGUCAACGCUACACAAUGCCUUGAAGACCCCUUCCUUGCCUUUACCUUACACAAUGAUAGCUACGAUGAUUCACUCAGCAACGGGACGGCAGCCAGCAUUCUUCGUGACCACAAAAGCACAAACGUGACUGAAUCUGGCGGCAGCACCACGACGAAGACUCCUGACCCAAACUCUUGGAUGAGGCUCAUGGAGGAGAGAUUCGCGGAGAGACUGUCGAGGAUGAAAGCUGCCUGCCGCCGCCACGGGGCCUCCCUCGAGUACUCGGUCUCAAGGACACUAAUGAGGAACCUUUUUUACAGCAAGAAGUACAAAUUGAUGAUGUGCGCUGUUGGCAAGGCGGGCUCCACAACCUGGAAGUCACACAUCUUGGCCAUCGCAGGCAGAGUUGUGUCUCCCAAAAUUGUGCACGACAUACCUUCCUUGCAAGCCAGUCAGCAGCUCGGGAUCAUGGGCACUCGGGCCGCCAUGCUGUCCGCGGCCACUACCACUGUGAUGACCGUGCGGCACCCGCUGGACCGCCUCGUCUCCGCCUACAGGGAUAAGUUCAGAAAUGGAGCCCUGAUGCCCACCACCAAUCCUUUCUCACAGAAGGCACUGAAGCACCUGGCGAGGCAGGGAGAGCGAGGCUUGGUGUCCUUCACCUUCACGGAGUUCCUAAAACACGUCCUCGUGGACCAGAAGGAGGAGAGGGUAGAGAACGCCCAUUGGAGGAACUACUACCGCACCUGCUCUCCCUGUGCCCUCCAUUACGACUUCAUCCUCAACACGGAGACCUUCACCGAAGACCUAAAGUACAUUGUCAACAAACUGGGCAUCACAGAGGUAGACGUGGAGUGGAAGUUGAACGCCCAAGCACACACCACCGCCUCGGCCCACUAUGUGCACUACUACACCAACAUCACCCAGGCCUUGCUGCGGCGUGUUCUCCACAAGUACGAGGUCGAUUUUCAGAUGUUUGGCUACGAGGUUCCCGCCACUCUGAAAGCGCUGCUGAAAUAGAGGGAAGGUCUCAAGACGCCUCUCACUGUCAUUUUGAAUUCAGGAACUUUGAAAGUGUUUUCUUUAGGGACGCGUUUUCCUUUAAUCGGUUUUUUUCUUAUAAGUUUUGUUACCCUUAUCCAGCGUCACUCGUGCAUAUAACUAAUAAACUGAUUAAUUUACUAACUAACUAAACAACCAACAAACAGUUUUCUAGAUAAAUAAAUAAGUAAACAAAUGGAUUAGGGAGUAGCCCAGGUAAGUUCGGGAGACACUCAAGUAAACUAUGAGGCCGUGGGUUUUAACGAGUUUACGAGGCGCUGCUUCCCAAACAACCUGACAGAGAGAAAAGGGUGUGGUUAACGUGUCUUAAUCUUGGACAAGAGUUGGGAAAA